CUGUGGGCGGAGUGUAAACACACGCACGCGGGAAAGAACCUGUAGUUCACUGGUUUCUGUCUUUAGACAGAAAGCUGCAGCGGUCAGUGGCUUCAAAUCAAUAUUUAAAUAAUAAAAAAAAAAAAAGUCUGUAAUCCGUCCUUCAACAAAUGUUCACGAGGAAGCUGCUGACGCUGGUGCUGGUGGUACAGCCCGGCCGUGUGCUACUCGGCAUGAAGAAACGUGGCUUCGGAGCGGGGAAAUGGAACGGCUUCGGGGGCAAAGUUCAUCCCGGAGAGAGCAUAGAGCAAGCAGCAAGGCGAGAGCUGCUGGAGGAAAGCGGUCUCACUGUAGAUGCGCUGUACAAGAUCGGAAAUAUCACGUUCGAAUUUGUUGGAGAGACGGAGCUGAUGGACGUGCACAUAUUCCGAGCCGACGAUUACAACGGCGAGCCGACAGAAUCAGAAGAAAUGCGGCCUCAGUGGUUUGAUAUCGACAAAAUCCCCUUCAGUGAAAUGUGGGCAGAUGACAUCAUCUGGUUCCCUCUGAUGCUGCAGAAGAAAAAGUUCUUGGGUUACUUCAAAUUCCACGGCCAUGAUGUGAUACUGGAACAAAAGCUGAAGGAGGUGCAGGAGCUUUGACCAGAACCUCUAAUCACAUCUGUGAUGAUCAGAGAUACAAAGGAGGUGACGUCCACGUUCACGUGGAAGGAUUGGACUCUCGGCAAGAUCAUCAUAAGUGACCACUUGUGAUCGGAUUUCAUGACUAAACUGAGUACACCAUAAAUGUUGGAGUAAACUACAAGCUGUUAUCGAUGGCUGUACAUUUUACUCUUACUUGAGUGAAAAAAGGGAUUUUGUUCCAUCCUGCUAGAAAUGUUUUGGCUGAAUCCCAAAUGAAGUUGACUGUGUAGUGCACUUUGCAGGUUUCAGUACAGGAGAGUACUCCACAUUAUCUAGUGAGUAUAUAUGCAGCAAGUAUAAAUCCACUUGGGAUUCAAUUUACCAGCACAAAUAAGGAUUCUGUGAGCUGAAGCUGUGCAGAUGUGAUCCGUGUGAGAUAGCAAGAUAUCUCAAGAACAAGUAGUUGAAAGUUUAAGAUUUAUUUGAAGUGGUCGCUGUAACCAGCAGGUGACCUGCUUAGAUUUUACAACCCCAAUUCCAUAAAUUUGGGACACUGUGUAAAACAAAUAAAAAACAGAAUAUGACGAUUUGCAAAUCAUGGAAACCCUAUAUUUCAUUGAAAAUAGUACAAAGACAAAACGUUGAAAUUGAGAUUUUGUUUGUUGAAAAAUAUUUGCUCAUUUUGAAUUUGAUGUUGGGCACGCAUUUUAAAAAAAAUUGGGACAGGUGCAUGUUUACCACUGUGUUGCAUCAUCUCUACUUUUUAACAAUACUUUUUGUAAACGUUUGGGAACUGCGGAGACCAAGUGCUGUAGUUCUGAAAGAGAAAUGUUGUCCCAUUCUUGCCUGAUAUACAAUUUCAUUUGCUCAACAGUUUGGGGUCUCCGUUGUCAUAUUUUGCGCUUCGUAAUGUACCAAAUGUUUUAAAUGGGAGACAGGUCUGGACUGCAGGCAGGCCAGUUUAGCACCUGGACUCUCUUACUACGGAGCCAUGCAGUUUUAAUAUGUGCAGAAAGCAGUUUGGCAUUGUCUUUCUGAAAUAAACAAGAUCAUUCACCAUUAAUGAUGCCUUCCCAGAUGUACAAGUUACCAUGUCUUGUGCACUAAUGCACCCUCAUACCAUCACAGAUGCUGGGUUUUGAACUGUGCACUAAUAAGUCAGAUGAUCCCUCUCCUCUUUAGCCUGGAGGACGUAAUGUCCAUGAUUUCUAAAAAGAAUUUCUACUUUUGAUUCGUCAGACCUUGGGACAAUUUUCCACUUUGCCUCAGUCCAUCGUAAAAGAGCUCGGGCCCAGAGAAGGUGGCGGUGUUUCUGGAUAUUGUUUAUAUCUGGUUUUAACUUGCAUUUGUGGAUGCAGUAACGAACUGUUUUCACAGAUGAUGGUUUUCUGAAGUGUUCCUGAGCCCAUACAGUGAUUUCCCCUCCAGACACGUGUUUGCUUUUAAUGCCGUGUCUCCUGAGGGCCUGAAGAUCACAGGCAUCCAAUGUCAGUUUUUAUCCUUGUCUCUUGCAUACAGAGAUUUCUCCAGAUUCUCUGAAUCUUUUAAUGAUAUUAUGUACUAUAGAUGAUGUGAUCCCCAAAUUCUUUGCAAUUUUACAUUGAGGAACGUUAUUCUUAAAUUGUUGCACUGUUUGUCCACACAGUCUUUCACAGAGCGGUGAAUCCCUCCCCAUCUUUACUUCUGAGAGACUUCGCCUCUCUGGGAUGCUCUUUUUAUACCCAAUCAUGUUACUGACCUGUUGCCAAUUAACCAAAUUAGUUUUUUUUGCAUUGCACAACUUUUCCAGUCUUUUGUUGCCCCUGUCCCAACUGUUUUGAAAUGUGUUGCUGACAUCAAAUUCAAAAUGAGCAUAUAUUUUUCAAAAAACAAUAAAAUUUCUCAGUUUCAGCA